CUUUCAAGUUCAAAUCUUUUUCUCUCUCUCUCUGUCUGUCUUUAACUCAACAAUUUUUUUUUCCUUUUUCUUUAUAUUUCCGUUAGCGUUCUCAUUCAUUCUGUCUCUCUUUUUCAAUUUCUUUUUGGAUAAAAGUGAUUUUUUUUUUUUUUUGGGUUGAAUUAUUUGUUUUGUUUUAUUUCUUUAAUUAAUUAUAUUUGGAAGAAACUAAAAAGAUUUUCGUUUUCUCUCUGCAAUUUCAAUACUGUGAGGGUUAUGGCUUUGAUUUUCCUUGUCAUAAUCCUCAUUUCAAGUUCUCAUAUUUAUCCUAUUUGAUCUAAAUUUCCGUCCUUCAUUUCUUUCGAAAUUAUCCUCUGAUGCUUCGAAUUGUUAGAAUGAGGAAAAUCGAAUACUUUUCUUUUUAUAUAUAUAUUUUUUCCUUUCUCAAUGAUCAGAUCACUGAUUUUUGCAGCGUCAUUAUGAGGUAAAUUUUAUGAAAUAAAUACCCCAAAAACAAAAAUUGAGUCUUUGAGCGUUUUUGAUCCUCAAAUAUAAUUCCCAAAAGUCCCAUUUGCAUAGUAUUUAAGCAAUUUUGUAUCUGUUCCAACGUUAUAUACAUUUUUAUUUUUUUUAACGCACAGAAAGAAAAUUCCAUAUUGUAUUGUUUGGUUUUGAUAAUUCUCCAAUCAAUCAUUGUUACUGAAAGAACCAAAAAAAAAAAAAAAAAAAUGAAACUUUUGGUUCGUGUAAUGGAGGCUCGAAAUCUUCCACCAACGGAUUCGAAUGGGCUGAGUGAUCCGUACGUGAGGUUGCAGCUGGGAAAGCAGAAGUCAAAGACCAAAGUGGUGAAGAAGAGCUUAAACCCAGGUUGGGGAGAAGAGUUUAGGUUCAGAGUUGAGGACCUUCAUGAGGAGCUGUUAGUCUCUGUCUUGGAUGAAGAUAAGUACUUCAAUGAUGACUUUGUUGGGCAACUCAGAAUCCCAGUUUCCCGGGUUUUGGAUGAUCCUGAUAAGUCGCUUGGCACUGCUUGGUACCCUCUUCAGCCCAAAAACAAGAAGUCUAAGAACAAGGAUUGUGGCGAAAUUCUUCUUAGUAUAUGCUUCACUUCAAACAAUUCAUUCAUGGAUUUGAAUGGUGAUGUUAACAAUGCAUCACCAUUAAGGAGGGAUGCUGAGGUUGGAAGCGAAUCACCUUCAAAGUCUUCAAGUGGGCCAUUGAACUCAUCUUCUUCUGCAGCACAAGAAGAAUCGGGAUUGUCCAAGGAAGAUAAGUCUUGUUGUGCACAGAAAACCUUUGCCGGUCGCAUUGCUCAGAUUUUUAAUAAAAAUUCAGAUGCAAGUCCAUCCACAUCUAGUAAAGGCACUGAUAUAUCAGAGCCAGCUGAAACUGCAAAGCCUGAUAUUUCUGAUGUCAAGUCUGAGGAUGAGUCUUCUGGUAAUUUUGAAGAAGUGAUGAAAAUGAUGGAGUCUAGAGAUCAAGGAAGUGAGAUGCCAAGCAAUUUUUCAGGAGUGCUACUUGAUCAAUUGUAUGUCAUUGCACCUGCCGAGCUAAACUCUCUACUAUUUUCACCACACUCAAGUUUUCCCAAAGCACUGGCAGAUGUGCAGGGAACUACAGAAUUGCAGUCUGGAAUGUGGAAAUUUGAUGACAGUGGGAGCUUGAAAAGAGUGGUUACUUAUGUCAAGGCUGCAACUAAACUAAUUAAGGCUGUUAAAGCCUUCGAGGAUCAAUCAUAUCUCAAAGCUGAUGGGAGCAAUUUUGCAGUUUUUGUGAGUGUGAGCACUCCCGAUGUCAUGUAUGGGGGCACUUUUAAGACAGAAUUGCUCCACUGCAUAACACCUGGACCAGAGCUUCCAUCUGCGGGACAAUCUUCUCGUUUGGUUAUAUCCUGGCGGAUGAAUUUUGUGCAGAAUACCAUGAUGAAAGGAAUGAUAGAAAAUGGAGCCCGGCAAGGUCUAAAGGACAGCUUUGAUCAGUUUGCUACCGUUCUAUCUCAGAAUGUUAAGCCAGUUGAUUCAAAGGACCUUGGAUCCAGUAAAGAACAAGUUUUGGCAUCACUCCAAGCGGAACCCCAAUCGGAUUGGAAACUGGCAGUACAGUAUUUUUCAAAUUUCUCUGUUGUCUCCACAGUUUUUAUGAUAUUGUAUGUGCUUGUUCACUUAUGGUUGGCUACACCGAGCACCAUUCAAGGGCUGGAGUUUGUUGGGCUUGACUUACCUGAUUCUAUUGGUGAAUUUAUUGUGUGUGGUGUACUGGUUCUACAAGCUGAACGUGUGCUAGGGUUGAUUUCACGCUUCAUGCAGGCCAGGAUGCUUAAAGGCAGUGAUCAUGGAGUGAAGGCACAAGGAGAUGGCUGGUUGCUAACUGUUGCAUUGAUUCAAGGGUCUAACUUAGCAGCUGUUGGUUCCAGUGCGUUCUCCGAUCCAUACGUGGUAUUUACUUGCAAUGGAAAAACUAGAACUAGCUCAAUCAAGUUCCAGAAAUCCAAUCCUCUAUGGAAUGAAAUAUUUGAAUUCGAUGCAAUGGAUGAGCCUCCUUCAGUGCUUGAUGUGGAAGUAUAUGAUUUUGAUGGACCUUAUGAUGAAGCUACACCUCUGGGGCAUGCUGAAAUCAAUUUUCUAAAAACCAAUAUACAAGAUUUAGCUGAUUUUUGGAUCCCUCUUCAGGGAACAUUAGCUCUGGCAUGUCAGUCUAAGCUCCAUUUAAGAAUUUUCUUGGACAAUACAAGGGGUGGUAAUGUUAUUAAGGAUUAUUUAACUAAGAUGGAGAAAGAGGUGGGGAAGAAGAUAAAUGUGCGGUCUCCGCAAACAAAUUCAGCCUUCCAGAAACUUUUUGGGCUCCCACCAGAGGAAUUUCUCAUUAAUGAUUUUACAUGUCACUUGAAGAGAAAGAUGCCCCUGCAGGGUCGACUAUUUAUCUCUGCUAGGAUAAUUGGGUUCCAUGCAAAUUUAUUUGGACAUAGGACAAAAUUCUUUUUUCUCUGGGAGGACAUAGAGGACAUCCAAGUUGUCCCUCCUACUCUAUCUUCUAUGGGCAGUCCAAUAAUUGUUAUGACUCUCCGACCAGGCAGAGGUAUGGAUGCAAGGCAUGGUGCAAAGACCCAGGAUGAGGAAGGCAGGCUGAAGUUCCAUUUUCAGUCCUUUGUAUCUUUCAAUGUAGCCCAUAGGACAAUCAUGGCUCUUUGGAAGGCUAGAUCCUUGAGUCCUGAACAGAAGGUGCAAAUAGUUGAAGAGGAAUCUGAAACCACAAGCAUUCAAACUGAAGAUAGUGGGUCUUUCUUGGGCCUUGACGAUGUCAGCAUGAGUGAGGUUUAUUCUUCUGUUCUUUCUGUUCCUUCAAGCUUCUUCAUGGAGUCAUUUACUGGGGGUGAAUUGGAACAAAAAGUUGCAGAAAGGGCUGGUUGUCUUAACUAUUCUUCCUCCCCGUGGGAAUUGGAGAAGGAUGAUGUCUAUGAGAGGCAAAUCUAUUACAGAUUUGAUAAACAUAUUUCCCAUUUUAGUGGAAAGGUGACAAGUACUCAGCAAAAGUCCCCGCUUCCUGAUAGAAAUGGUUGGCUUGUUGAAGAGGUCAAGACUAUCCAUGGAGUUCCACUUGGUGACUAUUUCAAUGUUCACGUUAGAUACCAAGUUGAGGAUUUGCCAUCCAAACCAAAGGCAUGCCAGGUAAAAGUAUUCUUUGGAAUUGCAUGGCUCAAGAGCACUCGGCUUCAAAGAAGGAUUAGUAAAAAUAUUCUUCAGAAUCUGCAAGAACGCCUGAAGGGGAGCUUUAGUUUAGUUGAAAAGGAGUACACAAGUAGAUAGUGGGAUGGAUAUGUUGGAUUUCCUUUAGUGUACAAUGUUUCGACAUGGAGGAGAGAGCUGACAAUAUUUUUUUGCAGAAAAAAAAAAAUAUCUGUUGAUCUAUGAGUCUACUUUAGCUGAUACGGGUCAACUUGAUGAGAGAGCUUGUUUUUAAGGUAUGUCAGCUUCAAAAAUCCCAUGCAAAAUGUGCCUUUAAACAUUGGUUUGGACAAAAAAUUUUGGGGUGUUAGGGUUUAAUUACUUGUAUUGGACCAACCAGUUUUAAAACCCCCCAAAAAUAACCAAUUAGUUGAGAAGAACCAAGGGAAGACCACCUUUAAAAGAAGUGGUUGAUUACGCAUCCAUGGAGGCUCUGCUUGUUGGUACCAAACGGCAUAAGAAAAACAAAAGAAAUUGAAGACCUGAUUCAACUGAGUAAAAGGAUGUUCAUAUUUUCUUGGUGUCAAUGUUAUUUAAGGUCCAGGUCAAGGUCUGUCAAUGUAUAUGUUUUUCCUCUGUACCCAAUGGAAAGAAUUAAAGCAAAAAUUUUUUUUGAAGCUAUAUAUAUAUAUAUAUGUACUUUCUGAUUGUAUA